AUGUCGUGUUCUUCUUUGGAACUCAGUGUUCGACGGCUCAAAAAUGCCUUUGAUCUAAUAGACCCGAUGAGUGUCCCAGAUCUUCGUAACUUGAAGUAUCUUGAAAACACUGAACACUUAAAUUGUCCCAUAUGCCAGCAACCUUUCUUAUCUCCAAUGACAACCCUAUGUGGCCACACGUUCUGCAAAGAAUGCAUCGAAGAAUGCUUUAAAAUCGGUUCGAGUUCAGAUGACGACACUUUGACGGGGUUCUGUCCUCUUGAUCGGACUCCCAUAGAUGCUAAAGAUUUGAAUGAACUAUUUCCUACACCAUUGAUUGUUACGAAUAUGGUUGACGAUCUUCGUGUAUACUGCUUAAACCGUGAUAGGGGAUGUGAAUGGAGUGGUCAUCGCUGGGAGAUAGACCAUCAUGUUCGCCAGGAAUGCGAUUUUACUCGUGUACCUUGUAAUCGAGCUCGCAAACAAAGAAAUGUGAUCGCUGAUGAACAAGAAGAAGACACCCUUCCAGCCGACGAAGAGAGCUCUUUCCGUUGUUAUGAAUUAACAGAAAGAAGAUUUCUCAAAGACGAAGAACACUGCGUCCACGAGGAGUACAAAUGCAAAUUCUGUGAAGAGAAAAUCACAAAAAUAAUAGAAGAGAGUCAUUUGACGACAGAAUGUGCUUUCAAUUAUUCAAAGUGCGAGCUUUGCAAUAAUGACAUGAUACCACUCAAGAAUUUGAAAAAGCACAGUGAGAAUUGCUUAAAGUCUGGAAGAAUAGUGUGUCCAGCACGCGAAAUCGGGUGUCCAUGGUCUGGAGAUACGGAGCCAUCAUUGGAAAACCAUUUGCUGCAUGGUAAUUGCUCACUCAAUCUGCUUUUGCCGUAUGUCAAGAAGCUAGAAAACAGAAUCGAGGAGGUUGUUGAUGAGAACAAAGUUCUUAAGAAACAGAUAAAUCAGAUUCUAGAUGGAAUAGUUCAAGGAAGGAUUACGAACCUUGGCUACAAUCAGCACAUUGAGGAGAUUGGAAACUUUAGGAGGGACUUAAACCAAGACGCGCUCAUCCAUAUCAACUACGAGGUUGAAAGAUUGAGAAGUGAAUUAGAAGAGAAAGUGAACCCCUUCGUUGAACGCGAAGCAGGUGCCGCUACGGAACGCCAAAACAUUUUGAACAACCUCAUGAAUGAUAAUUUCCUCAUGAAGGACGAAAUGAAUUUGCAAAGGGCUCUUCUCAACAGUGUUAGAAAGCAAGUUCAGUUCAUGUUGUUCCGGAAUCGGAACUCAUCUUCUUUCACCGGAGCCUCAUCAGGAAUGAAUUCCGUCGAAUUAGAAGAACCAACUUUUGAUCUAUCCUCGAGGUCAAGUUCCGAGGAGCGUCUUAAUUUAAAGCUUUAG